UUGUGCAUGGUGGAUGUUGGGGAACUUUUUCAUUGGGACGUAUUGUGAAAUGAAAGUGGAGAAUUCUUCGAUUCAAGAGAUUCAACAUCUUAUUUGUGCAAAGUAAACUGAAAAUUAGGCAGACAAGAUAAAAGUAAAACCGAUCUGUGUUUUGAGGUUAUUUGGCCACAUUGAGAUUGCUACAGAAGACACUGAGAGGCCUGCAAGAAAUUCACUACAAUCAAUUUAACUCUAUUGCAAAAGAUGGCUAUGACAAUGAAGUACAACCGGAGGACGGGCGUGGCUCUCGUCUCCUCACGUGUACCCGCAGUGUCUGACGGUAUGUCAGAGCCUCAAGAAGACACCAAGAAGAUGUUGCAUCAUUCAAAGACAGAAACGGUGGAGACGCUAAAUGAUCCUUGUCUCAGUGAAAAGGAUGAGGAACCCCUUGUCCAAAUCUUCGUGAACAGACGUGGGAUCAUGGCACCCAUUUGUCUUCAGCUACAUCCUUCGACGACCAUCUUCAUCUUGAAAGAAAUUCUCCAAGAACAACUGGGAAUCCAACGAGAGAAACAACAUCUUUCCACCUUGAAGGGAAUUUUGUUGCGUGAUGAACUGUCUUUAGAAGAACAGCUAAUUCAGCAAGAUGCAAACCUUGAGCUCAGCAUAGGCCCAGGAUUGUUGGGGGGCGGCAAAAAACACGGAAAGGGAGGGAAGCAGAAAAAGGCCCAACCAAAGAACCGGUCAAACGAGAGACAAAGUGAUUCUACUCCAGCCUCCACAAAAGGGGUUCUGUCUCGGCUGAUUGGGAUUUUCUGUUUCGUAUUGAAUUUCAUCGCAUCAUUUGUUAGGAAACUGUGCAGGGGAGAGCAACCAGUUCAAAGUGCUGGGGUUGAAAGGAGAGAGCAGCCUGAGCCAACUGUCGGGGACAUCAAGGCACAUAAAAGUGCUGUGAUCCUUGGUAACGUGUCUGACAGCACCUUUCACUUCUACGGUGAUGCUAGACCAAGUGGAGGAAAUGAUCAAGCUAAAUCGACAACUGAUUCAGAGAAAUGCAGAGCCAGAGAAUCAGAAGCGGCUGAUUUGUGUGAAGGAGAAUUGAAGAAAAGGUACACAAACAAAGACAGCAAAGUACAGAUGAAUCCAUUGUUAGAGAAGAGGCAUAUUCUAGACAUUUAUACAGACCUGGUGUUAGAAAGUCAUGAUGAGGAAGGUAGAUCACAAGGAAAAACACAAAAAUUAGGGUCUUAUGAUGAAGUAUUUACCUUAAAGACCAGAGAGGGUAAUCUUAUCAAUCGAACCAUCUUUGAAGGAAAGGCUGGUCUAGGAAAAUCAACCCUUAUCAGCAAAAUUGUAUACGACUGGGCAAAUGGUCCUAGCGAAGCACUUAAAAAGUACAAACUUCUGUUUUCUUUAAAGAUGCAUGCGCUAGAAGAAACGUCAGAUUUUAUCAAGGCAAUUUUUAACCAACUCUUGGCUGAAGAUAGUAAAGUAAACAAGACUGAUUUGCAGUCCUAUAUCCAUGCUAACCAAGAGAAUGUGCUGAUUCUCUUGGAUGGCUUUGAUGAGUUCAUGACCACCACCCUAGUUGAAUCCAAAUUUGGUUCUGUGCUUAAAAUUGUAAGCAGUGAUUUGCUUCGUGACUGCUGUGUUGUUGUAACAACUCGCCCAUCACAGUAUCACACACUCCGCACUGAACUCAUUCCGGAUACAAUGAACCGUGUUAAGGUAUUGGGAUUCCGAAAAGAAGACGUAGAAAAGUAUGUGAAACAAGUAUAUUCAAAUGAGUUAGAGAAGGCUAAAGAGCUCUUACAGAAGAUUCAAUCUUCUGAGAUAUUGUCAGAGUUGGUAAAGAGCCCAAUGCUUCUUCUCAUGUUGUGUGCUUUGUGGCUAGAAUCAUCUGUACUACCCGCUACUUUGUUCCUUCUUUACAAAGAUGCACUGAACUAUCUCUUUGGAAGAAAGGGGAAAAAGGCCAUCACUGUAAAAGAAAUAUCACAGAUUGUAAAUGAAAUUGGAAAGAUUGCUUUGGAUGGUCUCCUGUCCAAAAUCCAGAAACUUUCAUUCGCAGAGAAAUUGUUUGAGAAGGGGGCGCUCGACCUAGCAUUAGAAGCGGGUAUUCUCAACAGUCAGAAGGUUUCAAGGGGAGUAGAGCUGCAAAACAGCACACAGUUUCUCCACAAAACUAUGCAAGAAUUGUGCGCAGGUCUCUACUUGCAAAACUUGCUGAAGGAGAACUUUGUUGAGUUUCAAAAGGUUCUUGGUCAAAUUAAAGGAAUGAGCAAUCUGUCGAACUUGGACUAUUUGCUGCGUUUCUGUUGUGGUGGCAAUGAUGAAUGCACCAAUGCAGUCCUAGCAAUCUUAAAGGAAAAGUGCCCAGAAGAUCACAGUUUGGCCCUCAAGUGUUACUUUGAGAAUCAAUCAAAAGAACCCCCAACCGAGGACUUCAUAAACUUGGUUGUCACUAGUAAAUUGAGGAUUGAUGGUUAUGAUGGCGACAGCCUUGUUUCGUUUGCAUACUUUCUCAAACGUGUAAUAACUACAAAGAAAAAUAAGGGGACUGUUUUUCUUGGGAAGGUAGAGGAAGCUAUCUUUCAAAGUUGCAACUUGGAGAAGUUUAUCCACAAGAACUUAUUGCCUCUCAUGUGUAACAUGCAUAACCUGUCUGUCUUGAACUGUAAGUCCUGCCAAGGUUUGGGUGGUUCAGGCAUUCAUUGGGCUCCCUACCUGGGGAAAAUGCAAAAACUAGGCAAACUGAAGUUGCAGUAUUGUCAUUUGAAUGCUAAUGAUGUGCAGCACAUUGCGACCAUUGCCACCCUGUUCAGUUUGGACCUUUCCCACAAUGACAAAUUGGGCGGCAAGGCUGAAUCGUGGGCCCCUUGUUUGGAAGAGAUGGAGAACCUUAAGAAACUGAAAUUGCGGGACUGUUCUCUAGUAGGUAAAGAUGUCGAGUCGCUUGCUGGCAUGGUUAAGUUGACCAAGUUGCAACUGUCUGGUAAUGUAAAACUUAACCUUUCUACAAGCGAGUGGUCAAAGUGUUUACGUUGUCUAAAGCGUCUUGAGAAGUUGGGCAUAAAUGAUUGCAAUAUUGCCACAGAAGAUCUGAAAUUUAUCGCUGAGUCAUGUAGCGAUAUGCCAAACCUUGCAACCUGCUCAGUUGACAAUAUCGUCCAUCCCUCAUUGAACUACCAGAUAGAGAUUGAGGAUGGCACCAAGCUGCGCAUCAGAGGUAUCUCAUUAUCGAAUGUAAACCUAGAAGAUAUCCUGAAAACUAUGAGUAAAAGGGGCGACCUGAAAAAGUUGAGUCUCUCAGAGUUUGAAAAACUUGACUCUGCAGACACCGCCUGGUGUGCACAGUUGCAGCGGUUUAAUCUCAAGCAAUUGGUGUUAAAUAACCUAGGCUUGGAAGGUAAAACAAUCCAAUGCCUGGUUGAGCAACUCAAGAGUAUGCCUGACCUUACAGAGUUGUAUCUCAACAAAAACAUAAAACUGAAGGGAUCGGCAAACACAUGGUUCCCGUUUUUGCAGACGAUGGUCCACCUUCAAAAGGUGGUGUUGCAAGACUGCGAUUUAACCGGGGAAGAUUGGGAACAUAUCAAAGCAAACAGCAACUGCGAGGUUAACAAUGGCAUUGUAAAGUUCAAGUGAAGGCUGGUCUUGUUGAAUCUGUAGUUGGGUAUGCAGCAUCCAUAACCCAUUACAAUAAUUCAUGAUGGAAGGGGAGAGACUGGAUACGUGAAGACACUUGGUAAUUACUCAAAAUAAUUAUCAGCAUAAAAACUUGGUAACAGGCAAUGGGGAGUUGUCGAUAGUAUACAUUAUUGUGAUUGAGAAACAGCCCCCUCUGAAGUAAUAUAGUUUGUGAGAAAGAGGUAAUUUCUCACUGGAAUAGUAAAAUU